GCCGGCCGUGAUUCCCCCCCCCUCUCUCUGAUGACGUAAUCCGAGUUUGGGGCGAUCCCGCGCGGAGUGUCAAGAUGGCAGCUCGAGCAGAGUACGGGCUAAAGAAAGUAGUUUGGCAAAAAAUCAAAGACACCAUUAUUACAGACUGUAGGAAGUCUGAGGUGUGGAAGAUCUUGAUACUGGAUUACUUUACCACGAAACUGAUGUCAUCAUGUUGCAAAAUGUCAGAUUUGAUGUCAGAAGGGAUUACCAUUGUUGAAGAUCUUUUCAAGAUACGGGAGCCUGUCCCUCAAAUGAAAGCCGUCUACUUCAUCUCACCAACAGAGAAGUGCGUUGAUGCUCUCAUCAACGACUUUAAGAAGAAACCCAAGUACAAAGCAGCUUAUGUCUAUUUUACAGACUAUUGUGAUAAUACCCUGUUCUCCAAAAUGAAGCAGCAUUGUGGAAAGUUCAUUAGAGUUUGCAAGGAGAUAAACUUGGCGUUUCUGCCCCAUGAGUCUCAGGUGUUCACCUGCGACAAUGCCGCUGCCUUCAAAAGCAUUUACGGUGUUCACAGUAAGGACAAAGAGACGACCCUGGAGACAUUAGCAGACCAGAUUGUGACGCUUUGUGCCACUUUGGAGGAGAACCCUGGCAUUCGUUACAGGGAGUCAAGUUUAGGUAAUGCUAAAAAACUAGCAGAGCUGGUCGACCAGAAGCUUACGCAUCACUUUGAGAUCGAAGGAAAUGCCGCCAAAAAGGCAAAGACACCGGCUCAGCUGCUAAUAGUAGAGAGGGGCUUUGACCCAGCGACCCCAGUUCUGCAUGAGCUGACCUACCAAGCCAUGGCCUAUGACCUCAUCCCCAUAAUCAACGACAUCUACAAAUACAAGACGAAAGAUGGGUCAGAGAAGGAGGCCUUACUGAAUGAGGAGGACCAGCUGUGGGUGAAACUUCGUCACAUGCACGUUGCUCAGGUUUCUGAACAGAUCCCUAAGCUGGUAAAAGAAAUCUCUGCAAGCAAGAAGCCAUCAGAUGCAAAAAAUCUCACGAUAACCGGUCUGUCCCAGCUGAUGAAGAAGAUGCCUUCUUUUCGUAAGCAGCUUGCACAGAAAGUGGUCCAUCUGCACCUAACUGAGGACUGCAUGAAACACUUUCAGGAUAGUGUGGAGAAGCUGUGCAAAGCUGAACAGGAUUUAGCUCUAGGAGCUGACGCAGAAGGUCAGAAGGUCAAGGACCCAAUGAGGACACUUCUGCCUGUGCUCCUCUUCAAUCACUCAGUCUAUGACAAGAUCCGAGCUGUGCUGCUUUACAUAUUCAGCCUUAACGGGACAACUGAAGAGAACCUGAGCAAAUUGAUUCAACACGUCAAGAUCGAAAACGAAAGUGAAUUCAUUUUGAACUGGAAAGAGCUUGGUGUGCCAGUAAUCUCAUCGGGAACGACCUCCCUCCCAGUCCGUAAGCCAUCUCGACGGGAACGUGCCGAAGAAACCUAUUCCCUCUCUCGAUGGACGCCCAUCAUUAAAGACGUGAUGGAGGACGUUUUAGAAAGAAAACUGGAUACCAGAGAGUGGCCCCACCAGAGUACGGGUCCGUCAGCCUGGAACGGAUCCGGAGCCGUGAGUGCCCGUCAGAAGCAUAAGCCCAACGCUCAAGAGGAACGAAGGGGCGGCUCUCGACUCCUCAUCUUCAUCAUUGGGGGAGUCAGCUAUUCCGAGAUGCGCUGUGCCUACGAGGUGAUGCAAGCCGUCAAGUCCUGUGAGGUCAUCAUCGGAUCCUCUCAUAUCGUCACGCCAACCGGUCUGUUAGACGACAUCAAGGCCCUCAGCAAAGCCCCAAUGGAAACCUUUGAAAUAAUGGAUGAAAAAUCUUCAGCUAAAUAAGUUUUUGCGUGGUUACAUUAUAAACUUAAAUUUUAAAGCCUAACAGAUCUUUUUUAUAUAUAUAUAUAUAUAUAUAUAUAUAUAUAUAUAUAUAUUUACUUUUCGAAUAAUUUUAGUUUUAUCUUGUUCACUUAGUAUUUUUAACCACCACUCAUAAUGUUCCAUGUUGGAAAGUUGUGAAGAAACGUAGUUAAAUGCUGACAUUGAAAUAUCCUUUACUACUAAAACACACUGUAGAAAUACACUGCAUUUUCUUCAUGCUUGCAAUUUAAUUAAAGUCUUGUUCCUGAAGUCGCAAAGCCUUUUAUCGUUAAAUCUCCAAAAAAAAAAAAUCCUUCGUUAAUAAACGCAAAUUUGCACAAUUAA